AAUAUUUUAUUUCACCAGCGAGAUGUCAAACAGAGAUUGAUGAGGUUCUGGAGGGUAAAGAUCGCGCAUCGUAUGAAGACAGACACAAUAUGCCGUACACACUGGCUGUGAUUCAUGAGGUUCAGCGUGUUGCUAACACUGUACCACUAAGUGUGUUUCACUGCACCACCAAAGACACCACGCUGAUGGGCUACAACAUCCCGAAGGGGACUUUUGUUAUUCCUAACCUCACUUCUGUGCUAAAAGAAGAAGGCCAGUGGAAGUUUUCUCAUGAAUUUAACCCAGACAACUUCCUGAAUGAGCAGGGCCAGUUUGAGAAGCCUGAAGCCUUUAUGCCAUUUUCUGCAG